AUGUUUGUAAAUACUGCGCUGACACGCGUGCAACUUGUGAGUCGCAGUGGUCAGUCUCCGUCCAAGACUCUAGUGCGGGGGGAACUGUACGCGUCACCUGCCGGGGCCUUUGUGCCCCGAGCACAACGCUUAGUGUCAGGCGUGACUGCAGCCAGGCCGAGUCGGACGCUUGCGCGUCAGACGCUUUCCAUGAACCUCUUUUCCCGCUUCUUUCGCGUGAUACGUGCGAAUCUGAACGCGCUUGUCUCGAGAAUGGAAGAUCCAGAAAAAGUCUUGACACAGUCACUGGAGGACGUGCAGAAGGACCUGUUGCGGUUGCGGCAAGCCUACGCCGAGGUCUCUGCCAGUAAGAAACGACUGGAACGACAGCGGGAAGCGGCACUGAAAACUGCUGCAGAGUGGCAGCAACGUGCACGUCUGGCACUCGAGAAAGGUAACGAGGAUCUUGCUCGCGAGGCUCUCCUCCGGAAGAAGCAACAAGAGGACAUGGCCAAAGCGUUGGAAAAUCAGCUGCGUAUGCAGGCUGAAAAUACUGCAAAGCUUUACAGCUCGAUGCAGCAAUUAGAAGCGAAAAUAUCGGAAGCACAAGCGAAGAAGGACGAGUAUAUUACGCGUGCUCGGACGGCCAAGACUGCAAUCAAGGUGAAUGAGAUGUUGACGUCAGUGGACACGUCCAGUGCGUUGUCCGCGUUUGAGCGCAUGCAGGAGAAGGUCGAAACCUUGGAAAGCCAGGCUGAAGUGAGCCGACAGAUGAUCGGUUCCGGGGAUGCGAGUCUGGAGAGCCAGUUUCGGGCGCUGGAGGCCGGCACCGACGUCGAUGAGGAGCUCAACCGGAUGAGGCGGGAACUACGAGGCGAUUCCUCAUAUCGUGCUCUUCAAGCCUCCCGUGAUCCUGAAAUUGAUGAGGAGAUCCAGAGAAUGAAACGGGAACAGCAGCAACGUUGA